UUCCCCAGAAGCUCGUCCAUCAUCACAUCUCGUGAUGUUGCCGACUGACGCAGUUUUCAGAUAGCGGCACAAUUGGCCGUUCAUAUUCUUAUCGCACCUUGUCUAUGACUUGCCAAUAUUUGGGGCAUACGGAUGAAGGUUCCGGGGGCCUGUAUUAGCCAUGUACUGGCCCAUUGGAACUCCUAGAAUAUAUGCGACAACCACCAGUCAAGUUUCUACUAAGACGAACUUCGUCAUAUCCAACGAUGGCGUCUCUUCUAUCGCCGCAGAUAGCGACUCGCUGUCAAGCUCUGAGCCACCCCCUCCCUUACUCCUCGAUGAAAAAGACAGGACCAUACCGGACACAUAUAUACCACCUCUCACCCCUGGUCUCAAAACUCCAGCUACUCCAGCUAUAAACUCGGUGGAGCAUGACAUUUAUCAUGAUGGUAGCAGCUCUACUUCUACUUCCCAGCAGCAUCUUGCAGGGACUAGUGGCAGUACUAUUCCAGCUGGAGAUCCAAUUAUUGCUUUGAAAGUGUCUAGGACUGGUCAUUUAUUUGCCGUAAUUACAGCCACUACCAUGACGAUAUGGCAGACCAAACCUACCGUGAUCCAAGCCGUCGUCGUCCGAUCCGAAGCAUCCAUUAAAUCCUACGGUACUAAUGUCGCCCUCUUAUUAAGGCCCGAUUCCGUUAUCUUCGUCGUUCAAACAAGCUUAGGCUUCUUAAUUACGUAUUCACUUGCUACCGAUGCCGAGUCCCGCGUCUACAAACCUCACUUUUCGGACCAUAGCAAUAUCCAAAGGCGACGACAAAGUCACUUUGGGGGUCCUGGUAAUAAUACGCCCGAUCAGAUCCUAUUAGGUCCAGGUGAAGGAGCCGGGGUUCGUGAUAUAAGUCUCCGUUUUCGUAGGGUGAUCAAGGUGGACGCCGGUAUUGAACAUGCUAUUGCCCUUGACGACGAGUUGGUCGUUGCCACCAAGAAGCCAGCGGCUGUCCAAUGCAUCAAGUGGACCCCUGACAGUAGCGGUGGUCAGACGAGCACUGAGCUCGUAAGUCGCAUGGGUUGGUUGGAGAAAAAGGUAUCAAUCAAAGAAAUGACCCAUGAUCGGCCUAUGAACCUCUCUACUUGGGUUACAAGUGAUGGGAAAGCAUACGCCGUUCAACGAAUCUCAGCUAGUCAGGCCAAAGAUAACCCCGAAUUCGACCCAAAGAAACUCUUCAAAGGCUACUGCUUCCAUUCGCCUCUUAGCGGUAGCGACCACGCCGUCAAAGCGGUCGUUAAUGCUAGAUUCUCACUGAUAGCUGUAGGCUGUAUUGACGGGAGUAUCCGCGUAUAUUCUGCUAGAGAUUACGCUGGCAACAUCCCCCCAUCUCACGUCCACCGAAUCCCAGUCUCGUCCGAAUCUGCAGGUCCCUUAAGAACUCUAAGUUAUUCCCCAGAUGGAUACUGUCUUUUCGCUGGCUAUGAAGAUGGAUGGGCAACGUGGAGCGUGUUUGGAAAGACUGCCGGCCACAGCUUCCAUAAUAACCCCUCUAUCACAUCCUCUAAUCAAGAGGCAUGGUUAAGUGGUAUCACGGAAGCUAGUUGGAUUGGCGGAGCCUGCGAGAUAUUGAUGGUUGCUCGUCAGAAUGAAUCCAUCUGGUUGCUUGAGAUGGCGCGGAGUGCAGUUACCGGUUGCUACACUCCUCCUAAUCUCUUCCGUACCGUACUACAGAGCUCAUCUAGCGUUAUGGUUUACCGGGGUUACGAUCUCCCAGAUCUCACCAGUAUCUCCGCCGAGCCUUUCCUUUGGCACAAUGCUAGGAUCCCCGCUAAUUAUCUUCUGAACCAAUGGCCGAUCAAGUGUACCGUCGUAUCUUCCGACGGUAGAUACGUUGCGGUUGCGGGCAGGCGUGGACUCGCACACUACAGCGUUAAUAGCGGUAGGUGGAAGACGUUUGCGAAUGAGGCCAUGGAGAACGAGUUCCAGGUCAGAGGCGGGAUGUGUUGGUAUCAACACAUCCUCGUAGCAGCUGUCGAAGCGAAUAGAUCGUAUGAGCUCCGAUUAUAUUCGCGAGAAGCUGCUCUAGAGAGUUCGACCGUCAUGUUUACUCAGCAAAUGCCAGCGCCUAUUGUCUUGAUCACUCCGUCCGGAGAAGACUCUCUACUGGUCUACACCUAUGAUAACCUUCUUUAUCACUUUGUAUUUGCGCCCGUUUCUGGUGCAAUAAGACCCAUACAAGUGGGACAAAUUGCCUUCCACGGUAUUGUCAGAUCUCCCGCCAGAGUGAGGGGCCUUAGUUGGAUAUUACCCGAGAACCAAAUGAUCGAUGGUGAUCCCUCACAAGAUGUCGCUUUUGCCUCAGUCUUGUUCCUGGUAGAUGGGAAACUCGUCCUCCUUCAACCGUCCGUCAAUAACGAAGGGCAGCUCAAAUACGAUAUGCGCGUCAUAUCUCACAACGUCGAGUUCUACGUUAGCAUGAGAGACCAGUUUUCCGUUAACAUGUUAGGCGAAUCCAGUGCGCGGUUCUCUACGGAGGCCGAAGAAAAUAGUCUUCGGAAUUCGUUAUGGGUAUUUGAAGGCCAUGAGUUGAAAGUCUGGCCCGAUGUCCAAGAAGUUCUACGAGCUACUUCAAUUGAACCGACGAAAGAACUACCAUCUACGGUCUCCAUGCCUAUCGACUUUUAUCCCCUCUCCAUCUUAUUAGGUAAAGGAAUUGUGCUAGGAGUUGAGCCCGAAUUAGUCCAACGAAGAGACAUCAGUUUCUCUUUCUUCCGGUUCUCUAUCAGGACUCAUCUUUUCCUCCCUGAAAUUCUGCGUUUUUAUCUGGUAACAAACAACGCCGCUGCGGCACUCAAAUUGGCCCGGCAAUACCAAAACCUCGAGUACUUUGCACACGGCCUAGAGGUACUACUCCAUCACGUUCUAGACGAGGAAGUCGACUCGGCACCUAAACCAGAGGCGGCCAUUCUUCCCAGGGUGCUUUCUCUCUUAUCGUCUUUUAAGCAAUAUCUAGAUAUUGUAGUUCAAUGUACAAGAAAAACCGAGGUCAGGUCUUGGAGAACGCUCUUUGCAUACCUACCUCCGCCGCAAGAACUUUUUGAAGAGUCUCUUCAACGUGGUUCGUUAAAAACGGCAGGGGGCUACUUGUUAAUAUUACACACAUUUGAUGAGCUCAGUGCAGCAUCGGAGCAGUCGGUACGGCUAUUCUCGCGAGCGAUCCGGGAAGAGGAUUGGGAACUUUGCAAAGAGCUAGCUCGGUUCCUAGCGGCGAUGGACGAAAGCGGGGAGACAUUAAGAGAGGCAAUGGAACUAGUCAACAUCCGAGUCAAGCAAGAGUCGGAUGAUACAGAUAUAAUGUCUAGACUCGAGGUGCCGGCUCGGAAAGCUAACGGCAGCUCCCGCAUGACGAGACAGAACUCGGAGACAGGUUCCGACGCUCAAUCAGCGAGCGACAUAAGCAGCUUGGGAACAGCCAGUCCAAUAUGAUAGAAGGAGUUACUUGGGAUAAAAUGGGACGAGCGAAAAGUGGUUUAUAUUAUUCACAUGGUUAGGUGCUAAAGGGAUCGUAUUGUAAAUGUAAACCUUUGGGUCUGGUUAGAAUGCAGGCCCAGAAGACUGGUCUGAUGAGACGUAAUUCUAUUAUUCCUGAAACAGAUACCUAUCCAGAGGAGAUGAGGCCUGAAUACACGUUCAAAUACAUGCUGAAAGGUGC